AUGUCGAAAAUUAAGACAGGGCCUGUUGUUGACGUGCUUGGUGAUGAAAUGGCAAGAGUUAUUUGGGAUCUUAUUAAAGAUAAGCUUAUUCUGCCAUUUUUGGACAUAGAGUUACAUACUUAUGACUUAAGCAUCGAAUAUCGUGAUAAAACUGAAGACCAAGUAACCAUUGACUGUGCUAAUGCUAUCAAAAAGUACAAUGUCGGCAUUAAAUGUUCCACAAUCACUCCUGAUGAAAAGAGAGUCGAAGAAUUUAAGCUGAAAAAAAUGUGGAAGAGCCCAAAUGCUACAAUUAGAAACAUUCUUGGUGGUACUAUGUUCAGAGAAGCUAUCAUUUGCAAGAACAUUCCUCGUCUGGUAAUUGGUUGGGAAAAACCAAUAAUUAUUAGCCGUCACGCCGAUCAAUACAUUGCGAUAGAUUUUGUUGUUCCUGGAGAAGGUAAACUGGAACUUACCUGGACCCCACCUUCUGGGAAGCCUCUUAAAUAUGUGUUCAAUGAAUUUAAAGGUCCUGGUGUUGCGCUUGGUAUGUCUAAUACUGAUGCUUCCAUUGUUAAGUUUGCACAUUCUUCAUUUAAGUUUGCUUUGGACAGAAAAUAUCCACUGUAUCUAAGUACCAAAAACACUAUUCUAAAAAUGUAUGAUGGUCGUUUCAAAGAUAUUUUCCAAGAAAUUUAUGAGAAAGACUACAAAUCACAGUUUGAGGCUGCUGGAAUAUGGUAUGAACAUAGACUUAUUGAUGACAUGGUUGCUUAUGCUAUGAAAUCUGAAGGUGGAUUUGUUUGGGCUUGUAAAAAUUAUGAUGGAGAUGUUCAGUCAGACUCUGUAGCACAAGGUUAUGGAUCUUUAGGUCUUAUGACAUCAGUUUUGGUAAGCCCUGAUGGUAAAACUGUUGUGGCUGAGGCAGCCCACGGAACUAUUACCAGACAUUACCGUUUCUACCAGCAAGGCAAGGAAACAUCGACGAAUCCCAUUGCUUCUAUAUUUGCAUGGACCCGAGGUCUUUCACACCGUGCCAGACUUGAUAAUAAUACUGAGCUUAAGAAGUUUGCUGAAACAUUAGAAAGUGUAUGCAUUAAUACUAUUGAAUCAGGAAUAAUGACCAAGGAUCUUGCAAUUUGUGUCAAGGGUAUGGAUAAUGUAAAGAGAGAAGAUUACUAUGAAACUUUCGAAUUUAUGAACAAAUUGGCUGAAAAUCUGAAAAAAGCAUAUUAUCCCAAGUGUAGUUUAUAA